UCACCAGUGAAUAAUAAAUCUCCGGCCAUCAUUCAUCGCAGCAACCGUCGAGCGCGUUUAUACAAUAAAUAAAAAACAGCAAAAGAAAAAUGGCUGUUUGUAAUAAGUUAAUCAACUUGUUGACAUUGGUUUUAAUCGGGACUUUGCCCAUCACUUCCGUUCGUUCGGCCGCCGUUCUAAUGGCUCCCGCUAGUAGGACACUGGCCAACAUAACCGUCACCAAAGUUGUUACGGCCACCCAGGCCACCACCACCACCCAAUCAGCGGUGCUAACGUGCACAACUCUGGCGGCACCUCUGGCCAUCACCACCGCCGUCCCCCCCUGCCGCCGGAAGAAACAGUUGCGGGGCCUUCCGGUAGUGGCCUUUUAUUACACGGUCGCCGGCGAAGAUAUCGACCAGUUUCACUCGCUCAACCCCACUCAAGUUUUCAAAGUGGAGCCGUCCGCCGUGCUGCAAGUGCCGGAAGAUUCGCUUGGCGAUGAGGGUGAGGUACGAGCGGGAGUUUGGGUGAUUCCCGUCGUCCGCCGUCCGGCCGUUGAGGUUAUCGAGUCGUCGUUCGAUGAUGGAAUUCGAUCGUCAUCGGAGGCCAUCCGCAAUUUUGCCGAUCCUCGUUUCUUUUCCGCUCUGCUCUCCUCAUUGUUAUCCGGUUGGCAAUUUCCCACCAUUCCGGUCGUCACCGUCACCAGGACUGUCUACACGGCCACGUCGACGGCCACUUUGUUCACGUCGACGUCCGUCCACACUUUAUUGUCGGCCGUUUCGUGUCUGCCGGCCGAUUUCGUCGCCUGCCCCUCCUGGGAAAUCGAAGAAGUUCCGGCCAGCACCGACGAUCCCGACAUUCCCUCGACCGACGUCCUAUGAGAAUAACCAGCAAAUGCCAUUCCAUUUGUUUCCAAUAUAUUAAUGUAAUAACA